AUGUGUUUCUUUCCUUCAAUUCCAAUUCCCAUCUCUUUCCUAUCACGUCUCUCUCACUUCCGACGACCACGUCCGGCAGCCACCCGUAUUUCAUAUCCACCCUCAGCUGGAUCUUCGAGUUCUGUAAACCAGAGAUCUAGCGACCAAAUCAAAGAUCUCUUUGUUUCCUUCGUUGUUUCCAACGUAGAUAAACCAUUUCUAUCUCAGGAAAAAAUAGAUGAAUCGGUGAACAGAAGAUAUUCGUUUUUGCCUUCUACGAUGACACCAUUGAUAGCCUCAUAGAUGCAGAAGAAAAAAAGAAACAUGGAUGAGGAGAUAUUAAACCCUCAUCAUCUUUGUGGAUUUUGAUGUUGAUUUCUUGAUUACCAGCAAGAUACAUUUGUUAUUAAUCUAUACUAUAAUUUUGGUUUCGAUUUUAGUGGGUGUUGUUCUGUCUUGAAAUAUGUUUUUGCUUGCAAGUUUUUGAAGAUUAUUUCAAUUGAUUUUUGGU